AUGGUCUGCUACCAGUGGGGCGGAGUGGCCUCCUCAGCUUUUGAGAAGGCCUUCAGGAAAGAGAUGCAAAUGCGGCACUCAAAGAAUCCUUCACCACCCAACCAUGGGCCAAAGUCACCAUCAGUCAAAAAGGUGAAGACUCCGACCCUCCCCCUGUCCCUGUUGUGGAAACAGGGCUGCAAACAGACUUUGGUGGCAGCCUAUAUGCCAGGGGUUGUGGACCCCAGGGGGCAGAACCUGGACAAGUUCUGGUUCAGUUUCUACACCUCUCAGUACUCCAACUCCCUGAACCCCUUCUACACCUUGCAGAAGCCUACCUGUGGCCACCUGUACCAGCGGGACACUGACCACGCCCACAAGAGCUUUGAUGUGUCCCUCCCCAACCUGGUUUUGUGGCGCUCAUAG